AUGUCGACGGACUUGGUGAAGAGAAAGAUGGUGACAGUGUUGAGCAUUGAUGGAGGUGGCAUUAGAGGCAUAAUUCCCAGCACCAUCCUGGCCUUUCUUGAAUCCAAGCUUCAGCAAUUGGAUGGCCCCGAUGCAAGAAUUGCAGAUUAUUUCGACAUAAUUGCCGGAACAAGCACCGGUGGUCUUGUCACCACCAUGCUUACAGCUCCCAACAAGGACAACCGACCCAUGUAUGAAGCCAAGGACAUCAAUAAAUUCUAUCUAGACCAGAGUCCAAAGAUUUUUCCUCAGAGCAGUCAAAAUAACUUAUUGAGAUCAAUAAAAAGUAUGGUUGACGCGGUAAAGGGGCCAAAAUAUGAUGGGAAGUACCUGCGCACAUUGACUCAUGGGCUGCUUGGUGACCUCACUCUCAAACAGACUCUAACCAAUGUGGUUAUACCAGCUUUUGAUAUCAAAUACCUUCAGCCUGUGGUCUUCUCAACCAUUGAUGCAAAAGAAAGUAGUUUGCAGAAUGCCAAGCUUUCGGAUGUUUGCGUCAGUACCUCUGCAGCUCCCACUUUUCUCCCGGCACACUACUUCGAGGUCAAGGAUGACGUGGGAAGGACUCGCACUUUUAAUCUUGUUGAUGGUGGGGUUGCCGCUAACAAUCCUACAAUGAUGGCCAUAAGCCACAUAAACAGAGAGAUGUUGAAGCACAACUCAGAUCCGAUGGAUGCGACGAGGUUGCAGGUGCUAUCAUUGGGCACAGGUGCAGCCAAGCUUGAAGAGAAGUACAGUGCAGCCAUAGCCUCCAAAUGGGGUUUGAUCAAUUGGCUGUUUCACAAUGGGAGCACACCUUUGGUAGACUUUUUGCCGAUGCAAGUUCUGAUAUGGUUGACUUUCAUGUGUCCACCCUCUUCCAAUGCCUCCAGGCCAAGGACAACUAUCUACGUAUUCAGUUUUCUAAUGAUGUUAAAAUUGCAGGAUGACUCGUUGACCGGCGACGAAGCAUCGCUUGAUAUUGCAACAGAGAAGAAUCUAAGGAGGCUUGUGGAGAUUGGAAAUGCACUGUUGAAGAAGCCAGUGUCACGGGUGCAAUUGGAUACUGGAAAGUAUGAGGUAUGUGAAGGAGAGGGCACCUAUGAAGAUGCUCUGAUCAAGUUUGCUAAAACGAUCUCAGAGGGAAGGAAGCUCAGAUAA